UUUAAUGAACGUACCCUUCAGGGUCACCUAAUUGCCCAGUGAUUCAAAUGGUUUUUAACAAAGUAAAUCGCAUUUAGUAAAACUGAGGCAUGUCAACCAUGCUAUACUGCCUCCAGCUCAUUGAUUUUACAUUAUGUGGAAGAAAAUGUGUGUAAAACACAAGACAACACCGAAGUAUCUGCGGUGGCUGUCUUCGUUCAGUUGUCGCUAUGGUUCGGAUGCUGCUUUACGGCAAGAUAAACAGACAGGAUCUCUGAAAAAUAAGAUAAGAAAAACAGGUAAAAGCAAGAGACUUCCAUGUCCAACAGUCCUUGAGCAUUUUGAUCGGCAGUACAGUGAAGAGCUGGGAGACUUGUGGGCACCUGCAAGAGCAGUGCUGCUGGACCAGGCGUCAUGGCAGUUUGGGGUCAUGUUAAACCGCUUCAGCUCUGUGACGAAUAUCACACAGAUUCUUCUAUCUCAGGGCUUUUCAUCAUUGCUGCCACAAACAGAUGUCUCAGAGCAGCUUCGUAAUGAUGCCUCCACUGUGCCUAAUUCUACGCACCAUAAAGGAAAAGACACUCUGUCACCUCACUUUUUCCCAAAGUGCCCUCCUGAGGCUAUUGGUCUCCUGCCUUACAUUACCUCUCAUGCAAUCAGUCAGGCCCAUCAGUCAGAGCUUCCUCUCAAUUUUCCUCAUUCUUCAUUACAAUGUUACAUCCACCCAGACCCCCUGCGAUUUCCCUCACAAGCUCACCGACCUGGCCAACUGAAGCAGUACUACCUCCUGAAUGCGGCCUCUCUUCUUCCAGUGCUGGCUUUGCAAGUGAGAGAUGGGGACAAGGUUUUGGAUUUGUGCUCCGCCCCUGGAGGCAAAGCUGUCGCCAUAAUGCAAAGUGCCACUCCAGCUCUGCUCUGCUGUAAUGAGUCAGAUCCUCACAGACGGGACUGGCUAUCCAAAACCCUGGAGUCCUUUCUGCCUCCCUCCCUGAGCAGCAGAGUGAUGGUGUCUGCACAGGACGGGCGGUCCGUUGGGCAAAGUGAAGCCGGGUUUUAUGACAAGAUUUUAGUUGACGCUCCGUGUUCUAAUGACAGGAGCUGGCUGCAUUCUAGCUACAGACACCAGGGGCAACAGAGACUGGAAGACAGAGCUAGGCUGCCUGUGCUACAGACUCAGCUGCUAAAGUCUGCCAUAUCUGCAGUGCGUCCAGGGGGUGUUGUGGUCUACUCAACCUGCACGCUGUCAAGCUUGGAGAACUGUGCUGUAGUUGAGGCGGUGCUGAAUGACUUCCCUGAUACUGAAGUUGAAAAUCUGUGGGAAGAGAUUGUUUUGCCUCUGUCAAAAUACUUUACUUUUAUUUCACUCCCUGUUCAUAAACAGAUAGAUCCCAAGCCAUCCCUGCAUCCACUGAUUGGCAGUGUAUCCUCUUCUUAUCAUAGGCUUGGCAUUCUGGUGGUUCCUCAUCCUGGUAAGACCUGGGGGCCAAUGUUUUUGUCUCGAAUUAGAAAAAAAGGCUAAAGUUUAACCUCCAGAACAAAGAGACCUUGCUGUUUUUAACUCGGAUGCUGCAUCAGUCCCAGCAAUUUUUUUUAGCACAAACUAUACAAAGUAGUCUAUAGACGUUUAGAUGUAAACACGUCAGGAAAUCGUAAGAAAAGCAACACGAUAGAUGUCGGGAGCUGGUUGAGGUUAAUGUGAAUGAGUGGGUGAGCAUUGCUCACAUCAUUUAUUCUUACCUUCAGCAAUCUUCAUCAGAGACAGACUUAUGUUUGCUGAAUACAUGUAAUCAGUGUUUUUAUAGAGAUGCAGCAAAUAACAAUGGGACAGUAAAUGAGCUGCUUAUACUGAUAAAACAGCAGAAAAUUCUUAUUUAGGUUAUUAGGAUGGUUUUAGUUAUGAAAUGUUGCAGCUCACUCGUUUGUCAUCCAGUCUGAACCUGGACCAGAAGCUGGAAAAGACCUUAAAACAGGGAAAUAGAAGAGGAGUUUAUUCAUUAGGAGAUGAAACACUGCAGUUGAAGCAUCGUGUUGCUCUAUAGGAAAUGUAGAUAAAAAUAGCGCUCAGAUAACAAGCCUUUUAUAUAAACUUUAAAGUGGAUAACUUGAUGUCCUCAGCUGUUUCCUUUAUAUUUGGAAAAUCUGUUGCUGGAAACUCAGCUGUUUCAUUUGCCAGUCAGCAAUCUGGCUGCUUAAUUGGAUAUUACUUCUAAGUUAUUUAAGCCGUAAAUCCCAACGAUCUGUAAAUUCAUAUGCAAAUACUAAGAAAUAACAACUGAUCUACUGGACGAGGGGAGAAAUAUGGAUUAUCUACAUCAAAAUCUAUUAGAAAACAGGGAACUACUGCUCUUGGAGUUGUUCGGGCUGUUGUUUUACUCUGUAAAAUAAAAAUAAAAGCUCAGUAAUAAAACUAAUAUUUUAUUUUACAGGCAAAAAUUCUGGUUUUGUAAAACUUUCCAAAGAAAAUGUAAAUAUUAUUUGUAGCACAUGUUUCCUGUUCAGAUGAAAUAAAAUUAUGUAAUCACCUAAUGGUAAUGAAAAA